AUGUUCGCAGAAGAGCUCGCCUCGCUGCGUCGACAAGGUCUCCGCUCGAUCCUCUACCAGGUCCUCAAUUUCGUCUCUGUCGUCUCAACCGCACUGGCGAUGUGGAAAGGCCUCUCUGUGCUGACAGACACCGAGUCGCCCGUGGUCGUGGUCCUCUCUGGCUCGAUGGAGCCCGCCUUCUACCGCGGCGACCUGCUGUUCCUCUCGAUGCCCAGUGGACCGCUCAAAGUCGGCGACAUUUCCGUGUACAAGGUGCCCGGAGCAGACAUCCCUAUCGUUCAUCGAAUCAUCGAGACUCACGACGCACCCGAUGGAGACCAGCUCAUUCUCACAAAGGGAGAUAACAACGAGAGCGACGAUAUCGCCCUAUAUCAUGGUGCACGGUGGAUGAGGAGGAGCAACAUGGUCGGGAGAGUCAGAGGAUAUAUGCCUUAUGUGGGGUAUGUGACCAUCGCAUUGAACGACUAUCCGAAGUUGAAGUACGCCCUGCUAGGGAUCAUGGGUCUGUCGCUUCUGUUCCAGAAGGAGUAG